GUGAUGAUUAAAUAUCUAAACUUACGUAGAACCUAUCUUGUUGUUUAGUUUGCAGUUAGUAAAAAGCAAAAGGUGAUUUUAAAUACUGAAAAUGGCUGUGUCGAAAUCGACGAACACUUACAAUCGACAGAAUUGGGAAGAUUCGGACUUUCCAAUUUUGUGCCAAACAUGCCUAGGAGACAAUCCAUAUAUUCGUAUGACGAAGGAAAAGUAUGGCAAAGAGUGUAAAAUAUGCGCUCGACCAUUUACAGUCUUCCGUUGGUGCCCAGGUUCUAGGAUGCGCUUCAAGAAAACAGAAAUUUGCCAAACAUGUUCCAAGUUGAAGAAUGUUUGUCAAACUUGCCUGUUGGACUUAGAAUAUGGGUUGCCUAUUCAAGUUAGAGAUGCGGCUCUUAAAAUACAAGAUGAUCUACCUCGAAAUGAAGUGAAUAAAGAGUAUUAUAUUCAGAACUUAGAUAGUCAAAUGUCUAAAUUUGAUUCUACUCAACCGAGCAAUUCUGCUCUGAAGUCCAAGGGUGCUUCUGAUCUGUUGUUGAGGUUGGCCCGAACUGCCCCAUAUUAUAAGAGGAAUAGGCCACAUGUGUGCUCAUUCUGGGUGAAAGGGGAGUGUCGGAGAGGAGAGGAGUGCCCGUACCGUCAUGAAAAGCCCACCGACCCUGAUGAUCCAUUGGCAGACCAGAACAUCAAAGACAGAUACUAUGGUGUGAAUGACCCAGUAGCGGAGAAGCUAAUGCGCCGCGCUGCCGCCAUGCCGGCUCUUCCGCCACCCGAGGACAGAACUGUCACCACUCUGUAUGUGGGCAACUUGCCCGAGAACAUCUCUGAGGAUGAGCUGAGAGGACAUUUCUACCAGUAUGGAGAAAUAAGGUCGCUGACAUUGGUGCCGCGAGCGCAGUGCGCCUUCGUGCAGUACACGACUAGGAGCGCCGCCGAACACGCGGCAGAGAAGACCUUCAACCGACUGGUCAUCGGCGGCAAAAGGCUCACCAUCAAAUGGGGCAAAUCUCAAGGUCGUCAAGGUACAAACGAGAAAAACGAAACAUUACCAGCCCUGGAGCCCGUGCCCGGGCUGCCCGGCGCUCUGCCACCGGCGCCUGCCUUCCUGCAUCCGUUUCCACCACAGAUGCCGCCGCCCCACCGGCCCAACGACUUUUUCAACCUGCACCACUACGGCCCCGCGGCGGGCUGGCCGUGGGGCGCGCCGCCCCCUCCCCCCGGUCUACCUCCCGGCCCGGGUCUACCCCCUCCCGGCCCGGGUCUACCGCCGCCGGGUCCGGGUCUACCGCCGCCGGCGCCGGCCCUGCACUACCCGAGCCAGGACCCGAGCCGCUUGGGCGCUCACGCGCACGCCAAUGCACCGCAGACGUAGUUGGUUUGAGCUUUACAGCUAUCACGGGAGAAAUUUACAAAUCCAUGAAACCAUCCGAAAUUAAAUAU